AUGGAGAGCUCGACGCCUUUAGAACAAGAUUUCCGAGCAUUGGCUGGCGUUUUGACAAGCUCGGAUUGCGUAGCUGUGUGGCCUACAGCCGGUGAAGGUUUGGUGGGUGAGUUCCAGGUACUGGUGGAGGAGGAAUGGCAGCAAUUGCUACGUCAUGGACUCCACCUCGUCUCGGAUGCCGAAGUGAAGGAGCUCUAUUGCCUCCAAAACGUCCCAGGGUAUGCUGAGCUGGUGGUGCGCGUGUUUCGACUGGUUCAAGAGCCUUUUCCUCGAAGGGGGGUCUGGCAACUGCAGGAGCUACCUGGAACAAGGCAAAUAAUAAAGACGAAGAGCGAGUUGUCAAGAAGCGAUUCAACUGCGGGGGACUCGCUACCUAGGUCAGGAAAUGGUUCCAAAGCGUGGACUAUUUCUCCGGCGAAAAUGCAGAGAAAACGACGCCAAAACAGUGAUUCUGAGGAUCGCGUUGCUAGUUCGAACAAAUCAAACGAUGAGGUUCGACCACCAACGAAAACUCGUCGAGUGAGUCCUGAAAAAAAGGACAGGGCUGCGCCUGUUGCUCUGAUAUCCGACAAUUGUGACAGCGUUGGCAACACAGCAAGAUCUCGGCGAUCAGGGCAAUCAGAUGCUGCUAAUAAACGUCAUGAACUUCGCGCUGCUGAUGCCGCUCGUGCGCUUGGCUUGUUGCAUCAAAGUGAUACCGUAGCGUAUGCUGAUGGUACUGGUCUCGAUCAGACAAGGUAUGAAUCGCUCAACCGAGCUCGAGUGGUAUCGCUAUCUGCCAGAGGAACGGAAUCGCUUUGGUCAGCUCUGGAGAGUGCCUCGACACGAGUCCUCAAGUUGCUCAGUAAUGGCUUAUUUUCGGUGGUUAUGGGGAUCAAGACUCAGGAUUCAUUCGACUACGAUUUAUUAUGGAUCGAAGAAGACGACAGACACUGCUGGACGAUGUUCGGCGAACCGAGGAUCCCUUAGUGAGAAAAUUAGCAACAAGCGGAUUAACAGACUGUCGUAGACGUCCUGGUAACUAAAGAUAGAGAAGAACAAAAUACAAGUUGCUUUCCAC